CCGGUCGAUAACUCGAUAUAAAACCCCCCCGCACCCCCGCACCUCGCCCCGUCGCCUCUCCUGCGUUUGCAUCCCCAUUCCCCCCUCGCGCACAUCCCGUCGUCGAGCUCCGAUCCGCUCGAGGAAGCAGCAGCGCGCGGCCGGCCCGGCAAUGACGAUGAUGGCGCCGCAGCCGCAUCCCCUGUCGCUGGCGCAGCCGGCGGCGCCGCCGCCGGCGGCGUUCGGGGACACCACGCUGACCAAGGUGUUCGUGGGCGGGCUGGCGUGGGAGACCCACAAGGACACGCUCCGCGAGCACUUCGAGCGCUUCGGCGACAUCCUCGAGGCCGUCAUCAUCUCCGACAAGCUCACCGGCCGCUCCAAGGGCUACGGCUUCGUGACGUUCAAGGAGGCGGACGCGGCGAAGAAGGCGUGCGAGGACGCCACCCCCGUCAUCAACGGCCGCCGCGCCAACUGCAACCUGGCGUCCCUCGGCGCCAAGCCGCGGGCCCAGCCGCCGCACCUCCUCCGCCCCUUGCCGCCGGCCACCCCGGCGCCGCACGCGCACGCGCACGCGCACGCGCCCGCGCCCGCGCUCCCGUCCCCGCACCAGCCCGCGCCAGCCAUCGCGGUGGGGUCCAGGGGCGUCUCGCCGGUGCCGUGGUACUACCACCCCUCCACCACGCCGCCGCCGCCGGCCGCGCACUACGCCCACGGCGCGCACCAGCAGUACCACGGCGUGCUCCCGUUCUACCCCGCCGCCAACACCUACGGGUACUCGCCGAACUACGUCGCUGACCUGAGCUACAACGCGAAGCUAGGCCAGGCGGGGGCCGCCGGCACGGCAGGGUCCUACCUGCAGGGGCACUUCGCGUACCCGGCGGCGGCGCAGGGCGGCAUGGUGGCGCCCAACGCCAUGAUGCCGGUGUACCCGUUCUACCACUACCAGUACCACGGCUCUCAGGGUCUGAGCGUCCCCGCGGCGCACUUCUUCCCGCCGGCCUCCGCGGCCGCCGUCGCCACCGUCCCGGCGGCCAUCAUCUCCAAGCCCACCGUCAUGGCGCCUCCUCCCAAAGUGGAGCAGGUGACGGGUUGCAGCUGAAGGCGCACGCACGCGCGGCGAUGAUGGCUGGGCUGGCGACGGUGAGCGGCGGCGCAAUGGAAGAAGGGGGAAGGAGGCCGAAGGUGUUCUGGUGGGUUUAACAAAGCUGCUGCACGUGAUGGGUUUAACAAGGCCGACGCAUUGCAUUCGUUCAAAUCCCUCUGUCUCUAACUCUCGUCGUGUGGGGGAGCGCGACCACCGGCGAGGAAGACCCCCCCCCCCCCCCCCCCCAAAAAAAAACAAAAAAAACUGUAACAAAUGAUUCGAUUCGUCUCUCGUUUACCACCGUAUUUUUCCAAUGGUAAACCCGUUACCAGUGUCUGUAGUAGUCCGAUCGCUGCAGGGGGCAGUGAACCUCGAUCAAUAAUAAUGAUGUCACAAUCUUUCGUCGUCA